GUCACUUGAUGUGGAUUUGCGCGAGCUAUCCAGGAAUCAAUGACAAUUGGGGAUCCAGGACAUGACAAUUUAACGCUUUGAUGCGAAUCUCGUCGGGUGUGAUGCCACGAUCAUUUUGCCUACACGCUCAAGCUGACAGUGAACGGAAUCGCAGCGGAUUGUGAUCGGAGAAUUCGGCUCUAGAGUGUCUGCUUUGUUGCUCAAUUUUAAUGGGCGAAUCAGGGACACGUCGCUCCACCCUGGUCUCCAGGCUUCCCAUCUUCAGACGGAGUGUGAAUAAGAGGCAGGACUCGCUCCCCUCCUCUCCCUCUUCCGGCUGUGUUGGCAAUGGCGUCCACACUUCCUCUCCCUCCAGCACCAACUCCAGCUCAAGCAGCACAAGCAAACGCCGCAGCCUGUUCCGCACACCGUCCCUUAGCUUCCACAGCAAGCGGAACAGCGACCCCACCCAGCUCAACCUGGACAAUCACAGCCAGGGGUCUGAGAUGGUCUUCCGAGACCACAAUUCAAAGACUCGACAUUCGUUCGGAUUUGGAGGACACAAAAAGAAGAUCACCCAGUCUCAAACGGAAGACCUUAAGAAGGCCUCCACUAAUCGCAGUGUGUUCAUUAACUGCAUCAGCUCACGGACGAAUGAAGGAGACGAUUCAGGUUUCCUUGAUGAUGUGAGCAGCAAAAAGUCUUCCCGACAUAAGAAGCAGCUGCUGCCCAAGUCCUUCUCAGCCCUUCAGCAGUUUUCUAAGACGUCAUCCAAUGUCACUGAACAGGGUGAAGUUCAGGAUUGUGCGAAAGAGCCUCCCAAAACUGGAACUCCAGUGUCCUGGCCUGGAGAGUUGGCUGAGAGUUCUCUACAGUCGCCUAUGAUUUCUGAGGAUCACACCACGGCAAUCACACCCUCUGAUUUUGUUCCCGUCACCGAAGACUCUGUCUCAGAAGUGGAUGCGUUGCCUGCACCCAGUCCAGCUGCUCCUCCAGAAAAUUUCAGCCAGGCUGUUUCUACCUCACAUGUGUCCAUCAACCCUGCCCAGGUCACCACAGAGAAACCUGUACUGCCAGAUACCAGCCACACAGCCAACACACAGUGUGAGAGCACCACUGCCCAUACAGAGCCAAUAAUGCUCCAGACAGUUCAAGAGCUGAACCCUAACCCUAAACCUGAUCAGUCAGAGGCCAGUGAGAAUGAACAAGCUCCAGAACUUAGUGAGGAUAGCAGCUCCAAUCCAGAGGCCCGUGAGAGGAGGUCAAGGAAUGCUGUUCUUAUUCAGCAGGCUGGAAAACCAUCUGGCUACAGCAAACUUGAGAUGAGGCCAAGUCACCUGAGAAAGCCACACACAGUAUCCAUGUGCAGCAGCGUGAGCCCGUACCAUGAGGUGAUGCGUAUGGAGAGACGUCUACGGUCAGCCUCUGAAGGUGCAGGAGGACCCAGACUUCACCUCAGCCUCAGGGAUCCUCACUGCAUGGAGGGCAACACUUUAUCCAAACAGAGAACCAGUUCCUCAUCUUCCAAACUGGGUAGUCUGGAUGUUUUGAAUAAUUUUGGCUCUUCAGAGCUGGAUGAAGAUGACCUGAUGCUGGAUCUUGACCUCUCGGAUGACCAGCGACCUCACCAUGCUUCACGGGAGGAUUCCAGUCAGUCCCUUGCAUCGUGUCUAAACCUGCUGCCCUCACCCAUGGAGCGGACCUCUGGAAGAGAGCACAGGGAGCCCCCCCACAGGGAGCAGCGGCCGAUGUCCCUCUGCCUGUCUCGUGACGAUGAGCCCUUGGCUGGGCUGGAAGCAUUACCAUUCAGGCUGAUGCAGCAGGACUGCACAGCGGUAAAGACUCUUCUGCUGCGUUUACGCAGGACCCUGCAGGAGAGCACAGAGAUCAGCCCUGCCAGCAGCCUUCAUUCUCUCCCCUUAAGCCCCUGCAGUGAGAAAUCACUUCCUUUUAAGGAUCCUGGGAGAGAAGAGAACCAGUUCCUGCAUCAGCAACUGAAGGAGAAAGAUGAACUGAUUCUUCGACUGCAGGCAGAGUUGGACACCACCCGUGCUGCUCAGAAAUCUCUUUGCCAAAAAACUGACAAAACCACUCAGACUGAUUUCUUAUUCUCAGAGGCCAAUCAUCCAAGUCGUCCCAAUGGCCAAAACAGCAACAUUCCUAGCAGCAACAGCAGCCUCAUAAGGGAGCGAAGGCCAGCGCGACCUGCACCAGAGCGGCCAGCAGUAUGUGAGGAGUGGGCUUUCGGCCAUGGUGGGGGAAGGCUGCGAGAGCCACUGCGAAGAGCCGCUGAAGGUGGGCCGCUGACAUCUGAGAUACCUGGACCUCGGAAGACAGAGCACCCGGGGCCAUCUCAGAUCCCUCGAGCAGUGGCCGGCAGUAGUACGAGCCUUCCCAGCAAGAACAGUCCUUCACGGAGCCUGUCCUCAGACAGUGAGAGGGGGCCCCGCAGUGAGCGAGGGGCUCUUCCCAGACUUCAGUCAUCCUUCACUGGCCGCCUGGGCCAGCCGCCCCGUGGGCCUCUGUCUUUACAUAUGUACAGCCGAAAGAACGUCUUUCUACAGCACUCACUCCAUACAGCUGAACUACAGGCUCUCGCUCAGCAGGAUGGCUGAGAACACCCACUUGAAACACACUUGUACACACACAUGGAUACUGAACAGUGACACAUUUCUCAGAUGCAUAUGAACUCAACAUUAACUUAACCUUGGAGCAGUUUCUCAGUGACCAGGAGUACCUUCAGACCCACUUGUGCUCAGUUAUUUUCCCUGCACAGUAACAACUGUUUUUCCUCUUAAAGGGACCGUUCACCCAAAAAUUUUAAUUCUUUCAUUUACUCAAUUUCAUAUUGUUCCAAACCCAUAUUACUUACAUUCUUCCAUGGAGAACUUAAGCAGACGAUCUCAGUCACCAUUCACUUUAAUUGUAUGGAAAAAAUAUGCAAUGAAAGUGAAUAAUCACUGAGGUUAACAUGCUGCCUAACAUUGCCUUUUUUGUUCUGCAGAAGAAAGAAAGUAAAAUGGGUUUGGAACAACACGAGGGUGAGUAAAUUAUAACAAAAUCAAAAUUUUUGGGUUAACUAUUGCUUGAAAUCUCAGCCAGACUUUAACCACACACAAAGACUCUACUUCUUUUCGAAGAGUUUUGAAACCCGUCAUCUAUAUUAAGUGUACCAAAACCAAUCCAUUGUCUGCACUACUUACUGUUGAAGUCAUUAAAACUAUUUUUUUUAACCACUCCACAGAUUUAAUAUUAGCAAACAAUAGUUUUGGCAAGUCGUUUAGGACAUCUACUUUGUGCAUGACACAAGUAAUUUUUCCAACAAUCGUUUACAGACAGAUUGUUUCAUGUUUAAUUGACUAUUAUCACAAUUCCAGUGGGUCAGAAGUUUGCAUACACUAAGUGUGCCUUUAAGCAGCUUGGACAAUUCCAGAAAAUUAUGUCAAGACUUUAGGCAAUUAUCCAAUUAGCUUCUGAUAGGAGGUGUACUGAAUUGGAGGUGUACUUGUGGAUGUAUUUUAAGGCCUACCUUUAAACUCGGUGCCUCUUUGCUUGACAUCAUGGGAAAAUCAAAAGAAAUCAGCCAAGACCUCAGAAAAAUAAUUGUGGACCUCCACAAGUCUGGUUCAUCCUUGGGAAAAAUUUCCAAAUGCCUGAAGGUACCACGUUCAUCCAUACAAACAAUAGUACGCAAGUAUAAACACCAUGGGACCACGCAGCCAUCAUAACGCUCAGGAAAGAGAUGCAUUAUGUCUCCUAGAGAUGAACAUAGUUUGAUGCGAAAAUUGCAAAUCAAUCCCAGAACAACAGCAAAGGACCUUGUGAAGAUGCUGAAGGAAACAGGUAGAAAAGUAUCUAUAUCCACAGUAAACCGUGUCCUAUAUCGACAUAACCUGAAAGGCUGCUCAGCAAGGAAGAAGCCACUGUUCCAAAACCGCCAUUAAAAAAAGCCAGACUACAGUUUGCAAGUGCACAUGGGGACAAAGAACUUAAUUUCUGGAGAAAUGUCCUCUGGUCUAAUGAAACAAAAAUGUAACUGUUUGGCCAUAAUGACCAUCGUUAUGUUUGGAGGAAAAAGGGUGAGGCUUGAAAGCCAAAGAACACCAUCCCAACCAUGAAGCAUGGGGGUGGCAGCAUCAUGUUGUGGGGGUGCUUUGCUGCAGGUGGGAUUGGUGCACUUCACAAAAUAGAUAUAUUUAAGCAACAUCUCAAGACAUCAGCCAGGAAGUUAAAGCUCAGUAGAAAAUGGACAAUGACCCCAAGCAUACCUCCAGAGUUGUGGCAAAAUGGCUUAAGGACAACAAAGUCAAGGUACUGGAGUGGCCAUCACAAAGCCUUGACCUCAAUCUGAUAGAAAAUUUGUGGGCAGAACUGAAAAAGCAUGUGCGAGCCAGGAGGCCUACAAACCUGACUCAGUUACACCAGUUCUGUCUGGAGGAAUGGGCCAAAAUUCUGGCAACUUAUUGUGAGCUUGUGGAAGGCUACCCCAAAAUGUUUGACCCAAGUUAAACAAUUGAAAGGCAAUGCUACCAAAUACUAACAAAGUGCAUGUAGAUUUCUGACCCAGUGGGAAUGUGAUAAAAUAAAUAAAAGAUUAAAUAAAUAAUUCUCUCUACUAUUAUUCUUACCUUUCCCAUUCAUAAAAUAAAGUAGUGAUCCUAACUGACCUAAGACAGGGAAUGUUUUCUAUAAAUGUCAGGAAUUAUGAAAAACUGAGUUUAAAUGUAUUUGGCUAAGGUGUAUGUGAACUUCUGACUUAAACUGUAAGUCUGUUUCAAAGAAAUAGUACAUGCUGCUCUAAUAAGGACUUUAGAUAGUCUGUUCAUGUGACAGUUUCACUCAAAAGACCUCCAAGGUAUCCAAGAAGUUCUGAGGUAUGUGAAAGCGAAUAUGUCAACAUUUGUCCUCCCUUGUCUCAUUGUUUGAAAGCCCUCAGUGAGUUUCAUUUCAAAGUUUUCAAGACAUUUUUCUCUAGACUCAAUUGUUAGAAUAAGUCUAAUUAGUAUGGUAGUAAUUUUUAUAAUAGUAGGUUACACAGCUAGCCCCACCACAUUAUUUUGCACCAGCAAACAUGACACUGAAGACCCAUGCAUAUAUUGCCAAAUCAAUCCUCGGUUGGAGAGAGUGCUUUAAACUCUUGCUGCCAGUGAGAAUAGCCCAUGUGUUCUCAGACCCUUUUUAGGAAGUUUAGCACUCAUUAGCCUCUUUUAAUUGCAUGCUGCUUUUUUUUUAUUUAUUUUUCUGUUUCAUUUUGCUGCAAACAAAAAUAGAAGCUUAGAAAAAAAAAAUAUACUGAUUGUAAGCUAAAAUGGAUUUGACAGCCCUUGUGGAAGGAUUCAGCGAUAGAGCCUUAAGUCUUAAACACAACUGUCUUUGCUGGAGAUCUGUCUGUAUUGACUAGUUCAAGACAGACAGAUCUUAAAGGGAUAGUUCACCCAAAAUUGAAAAUUCUGUCAUUAUUAACUCUGAUGUUGUUCCAAACCUGUAUCAAUGUUUUUCUUCCGUGGAACACGAAAAGAGAUAUUUGGUAAAAUGAUGGUUACAUGGCUCAUUGUACGUAUUGUGGCACUUUCCUGGUGAAAUGCGGCACCACAACAACAAUUAAUUUAUUCACUUUCACACAAAUCACAAGUAAAAUAAAUAAAUUCAUAAACACUUAAUUUUCACACUUUUCCUCACACAAUGCUAUCCUACGACAUCAAAACACUUUUGCUACAGCACAUGACUUGUAAGGAGAUCCAUUUUAACAUUAUGCAUUUAUGUAUUACAUAACCAACUACAUUUACAAGCUUGUUCGAGUGCGAUCAAAUUGUGCGAGAGCUUAACUGAUAGAGCAUUGCAUUUGCCAUCUAAAGGACUGGGGUACGAGUCCUGAAGAGCACGAGAGUCAACACUUGAGCCGGAAGUGUCUUAGAAGCAACAAAAAAUGACGUGGUUGCUUCAACAAUUGUGCUGUUCAUCUCUUAUUUUCUUUUUAUGACACUAUCGAUUAGGUUUAAGGUCUAAGGUAGGGAGGAGGUUUUGCUCAUUUGAAACUUGAUCAGGCAUAAACCAUAACCUCAUCUGUUUGGGAGAAAUUUGAAUUCUCUUUUAUUGCCAUGAGGACAUUUCACUUUGGAACUGCCGCAAUACUUGAAAGGAACCAUUUUGCAAAAAUGUUGACUGAGGCUUAGUCACCAUUAACUUCCAUUAGAUGAAACAAAAACAAAAAAAAGCAGCAUCAACAUUCUUCUAAAUUCUUUUCCGUGGAAGAAUAAUAAAAUCUAGUAAUUGGGAACAACAUGAGGGUGAGUAAAUCAUGACAGGAUUUUUAUUUUUGGGUGAACUAUCACUUUAAAGGCAGCUAGAUUUAAAGAAAGAAAUGAAAAACUCCCUGCAGUGAAGUAAACCACAUUAUUAGAUUUACUUUUUAAAAAGCACACUUUUAAAUAGGUGAGGCUUUAAUUUUAAUUUAAAAAUAUAAGGCAAGUAAAAUUUUAUUAAAAAUGUUGAUAACUUUAAUAAAUGUAAAACUACCAACCUCUUAUGGAGAUCAAAUGCACUCCGAGGAGAGGUGGUUGAAAGGAGGAAUGGCCUCAUUUCCGCAGUGUUGGGACAACAUUGGUGUAACAUUGGGACAGUGUUGACCCGACUUUGCGGAUCAGGAGCUCGAGCAAGGACACAUGGAGGAGAAGGAAACCCUGAAGAAACACAGUCCCAUCCAGCAGGUCUACUCCCCUAGGUCCACUGCUCCAGUUUCAGCAAUCUGUUGGGAGCACCAUCACUUUCAAUCUCUCUCUCUAUACGUCUCCCUCUCAGACCUACUUCCAGCUCUCUGUGAUCAGGCCCAGGGAAAGAAAGGCUUUAGCACGGUCUCACCCUUACAUGCUCUGUUAUCGAUACCUAACGGGAACGUGUUUGUCUUGCGUUAUUUCAGAAUGACCUCAUUAGGGCAGACACUGCUGUUCAGUCUUUGAGACAGUUCAACCCUUGAUCACUGUUGUCAGCAAUACUGUUUAAAUUCUGUAUGGGUGCCAGUCUGUGACUGUUGAAUGUUAAAGGGUCAGCUCACAGCCAUCAUUUACUCAGCCUCAUGUCAUUCCAAACUUGUAUGACUUUUUUUUUUUUACGUGAAACACAAAAGAAGGUGCAAGGCAGAAUGUUAGGGACCGAUAGUCUAAGUCACCGUUCACUUUCAUGUGGAAAGAGUGGAAGAGAGACAUACACUCAUGCUUGUUUGGGACAAUAUGAGGACAAGCAAAUGAUGACAGAACUGUUCCUUUAAAUGUGUUUUUUUACGAGCUGGAAGAAUUGUUAUUAUUGAUUGCUGUGCAUUUGAGCCAUGAUACUUGAAGGAUGUAUGUUUAAAUGGACUUGAAUAUGGGAGAUCAUGGGUACGUGCAAGUACAGAACUCAUGACAUCUCUACAAAUGUCAAUAAGUGACUCGAUCAUAAACAUGACUGUAUGUACUGUCACAUUUAAUUGUUUAAUAGGUAUUUAUUAUGUGAUAUUGUGAAAUGACUAUCACCUGAGACUCUUAUUUGAUUUGUCUGGGCUCUUUGUAUCAACAUAUAAAAUUGUCUUCAUUACCGAUACUGGUGAUGUCAAAAUCGUCUCUUACUGUACAUCACUUUGAAAUGUUGAAAUUCUUGUUUACAUACAAAUGGUACAUUUAAGAGAUUUAAACAAUAAUACGAUUUUAAAGAACCUUUAACUGUAUCUUUUCUCUCACUGUUGGUAUUUUCACUGAAUUUAAUAUAUUCACUCUCAAUAAAGAGAUAUUAUUUAAAGAAAAAGAAAUUACCUGUAAAGAGAAACAUGUAAGCCCUUGUUUUUGUUGUUAAUUGUUAGUUUUGAUUUGUUUGUUUUUUUUUUUGUUGUUGUUUUUUUUUUUUCAAGCUGUCUUUUUCAAGUGCCAGCUUUGCCAAAUUAGGAUGCCUGUUCCUUGACGUUUGACAAUUUUUAAUGUACAGGGUAUACUUUACAUCUCUGGAAACUAGGCAGCAUGCUGCCCUGCCUUUGCUUCUUGGUGAAGAGGAAAAAUAAACA